GAGUCGUCCUCUUCUCCAAGCACCGAGACCGACACCCUCACCUGGAUCAACUGGUUCUGCUCCUUGCCCGGCCACGAGUACUUUUGCGAGGUCGCAGAGGACUUUAUCGAGGACGACUUCAACCUGACAGGCCUCGCGAGCCUCGUCCCGUUCUACAAGGAGGCCAUGGAGAUGGUCCUCGACGUCGAGCCCGAGGACGACGAGAUCCACCGCGUGCCGGACGUGUCGAUCGUCGAGUCGAGCGCAGAGCUCCUGUACGGCCUCAUCCACCAGCGCUACAUCCUCACCCGCCAGGGCCAGCAGCAGAUGUACGCCAAGUUUGACGCGGCCCACUUUGGCACGUGCCCGCGCGUGUACUGCACCCAGGCCAAGCUCGUGCCGUGCGGCAGGAGCGACCUCCCCGGCGUCGACACGGUCAAGCUCUUCUGCCCGAGCUGCCUCGACAUGUACGUGCCGCCGAGCUCGCGCUUCCAGGGUGUCGACGGCGCCUUUUUCGGCACCACGUUCCCGCACCUCCUCUUCCAAACCUACCCGCCGCCGACCUCGCUCCCGGCACCCGCACCCGCCACGGCCGACCCGGCCGCGCGCGAGCCGACGACGCCGCUCACGAGCCUCGCAAAGGUCUACGUCCCGAGGAUCUACGGCUUCAAGGUCUCGGAGCGCGCGAGGAGCGGGCCGAGGAUGCAGUGGAUGCGCAUGCGGGUGCGUCGUUGUGUCCCUCUUUCUUUCUCUCGCUCUCGUCCUCGUCGAUGCCGUCGCACCCCUCGAGCGCAGCCCUGA